AUGUCGAGCUGGUCUUCAUGGCUGGUGGGGAAGAAAAAGGAGAAUCCGCAUGCGGCGAGGGAGGCCAUUGUGGGAUUGCGCUCCCAACUCAUCAUGCUCGAUAAGAAGGAGGAGUUCUUGAACAAGAAGAUCGAGGAUGAGACAAAAAAGGCGAGGAUGCACGUCACGACCAACAAGCGAGGUGAGUAGCGCUUUGCGCUGCAGUUGUCUGGGACCGGACCUGUUCGCACACUCGGAUCGUCGCUCGUGUAUACGCCACAUUCCUCCCGAUGAUCACCCGAGCUCAUUGACACAUACCUCGGAUCACUAAUCUGGUGCAUCCGCACGGAGAUGUGCACUGAGUCUGACACUAAGCACCCCAUGCUGACACGUUCGCCACCUCCAUGUGCUCGUCAUCAGCGGCACAGGCGGCACUGCGUCAGAAAAAGGCAUACGAGAACGAGCUCGAUCAAAUUGCGGGGACGCGGAUGACUCUGGAGACCCAAGUGAAUGCCAUCGAGAGCGCAAACAUGAAUCUGGAAACCAUGACGGCUAUGCGCAAAGGAGCGGAUGCUUUGCGGUCCAUUCAUGGCAGCCUGUGCGUAUCUGAGCUCGUGUGUCACAGCGUCGUGUCUGGAACAGGCAGUGAUUGCUGACGUCUCGGUCCCAUCCUCUCCGCCAGCAACAUCGACAAGGUCGACUCCACAAUGGACUCUAUUCGCGAGCAGAUGGACCUCGGCAGAGAAAUUUCGGAUGCCAUUUCCAACCCUGUCGGCAUGGGCAAUGAUAUUGACGAGGUAAGUGCUCCGCUUCAACUCAAGUCGCAGCCGCACGCUUGGCGCGGAUUCGGGUCGAAAACUAAUACUUGGCCUCUAUCGCCCCUACCUCACGCAGGACGAGCUCAAGAAUGAAUUGGAAGAGUUGGAGCAGCAAGAAUUGAACGAGAGGCUGGUGGGCGCGGACAGAGCGCCGGUGCACAACCCAUCGCCGAUCGUAGCGGGUCCUAGCAGAACACAAGCCGAGCCUAAUCGUAGACAAGCCGUGGAGGAUGACGAUGAUGCAGAGUUGAGAGCUUUGCAAGCUGAGCUAGCCAUGUAG